GUGCAUGUAGUGCAUCAAUGUACAGGCAAGAUUUUGUGAUUGAAUUGUCGUCAAUCUGAUCGAAUAUCGCCGACACAAACUAUCAAUACUGGUGGUCUUGUUGGUGAAAACAUACUGCAGGUCAUGACGAUGUCAUUUUCACCAGGUAUGGCAAGGCUCCGGCUGUUGCUGCUGAUUGUCAUGAUAGCAGCUAUGACUGAGCAGUCAACUGGACGUGUCCUUGGCCUGGGAAGCAAUGAGGUCAAUUGUAAUUUGACCUUGAAAGGUCCAGAGGGUAAAGCAAUGUCUCCAGCCAAUAUGCCUGCCAACGAGACGUGCGUCUGGCAGUUUCUGGUGACCAAGGACGACCAUGUCUAUUUCAUGUUCAAUGAGUUCAGCCUUCUGCCAGGUGACGUCCUCUUCGUCUACAAGAACGAAACACUCGACGAGCUGGUCGGGAAUUUUACUGGAAGAUUGGAUCCAUUUGUUGUUGUUACUUUCUCCAAGAACACCACAAUGGUGUUGAAGUCCGGCCCAGAAAAAUCAAAAAAUGGAAUGAGGCGUGUCAGUCUUAACUUUUCCAUUAAAGCCUGUACGAUCAAGUUGACCAACCCUGGACAGGUCGUCAUGUCGCCAGUUUAUCUACCGACAGGAAAAGGCUACAUCAUCUGCAAUUAUCAUAUUGAUGUGACGAAGAAUGCUGCUAGAGUUUUGACAUUGUCGUUCACCCAGUUUGACCUUGUGAAGGGGACCGUCAUCGUCUAUGAUGGGAACGAUAAGAAAACUGCAAAAAUGCUGGAUAGUUACACAGCUUCGAAUGCUAGUUCCGUCACCGACUCCAUCGCUAACGGGACGUCCGUUAUCGUCGAGAUGAUGUUCAGUUUGUCUCCGAAGAAACGGCAGAAUAUCCAAGCCAGUGCUGCCCUCGUUGAUGCAGAGUGUAGUGGUAAAGUUAUGGCACCUAUCGUGUUACGGAGCCCUGGCUAUCCCCUUGCCUAUAAGAGCGGCCUCGAUUGUCGCUGGAUCGUCCUGGGACCUAAUGGGACAACACUCCUCGCCAACAUGACCAAACUGAGCCUCGGGGAUGGGUUCGACUAUGUGGCGGUCAACGAUCAUGCGUCAAGGUCCGGGCAGAAUUUGGUCACAUACAGAAGUGGAGCACCAAGGCCUCUUGCUGGCAGCAGCCGUAAUGGCAUGUGGAUACGGUUCUUCUCUGAUGAGUCUCAGAGCGGCACAGGCUUUGUGCUCAAUAUCACACUGCAGGGAUAUGGUGGUAGUUUUUACAAGCCAACUGGGACGAUUGGUUGGGGGCUUCCUGCCUCUCCUUACAACAACACAGUCGAGAAAUACUGGAUUCGAGCUCCUGAACACAUGCAGGUCCUGCUGAAAAUCAACAAUGCUAAGAUGUUCCCCAUGUCGUCAAUAACGUGUUACAGCGGCGAGACUCCGGCCGGAGCUGUGGUUGCUUCAUUCAGGACCAAUGCACCCUUUUACACCGCCUUCAGUGAUAGUAAUAAGAUGUUCGUGGUGGCCCGUGGGUUUAAUGGCAGCCAGUAUUUCCGCGGAACGUAUCGGGCAGUCGCCAAAGGUUCCUACCUCAAUUUGCAAGGACAAGAUGGUUCAGUCUCUGUGAUGUCAUCUAUGGUCAACAGGUCUAUGGUUGUUCUCUCGAAGCAGCCAGAACUCAACUCGGCAGAUUCCUUUAUUAUCUCAUUGGGAAGUAUGAAGUUUGGCCAGAACGACACGUUGACAGUGUUCAAUGGUUUGUCCGCGCAGGACAUGCCGUUGUUCAAAUACAACAGGUCCGCGUUGUUUGACGCGACGUCGCAGAAUAUUCGAGUGUCGGCUGGCAAAGGAUUCAGACUGCAGUUUGCAAGGGUUUCAAAGAAUGUCGCAUCAAGACAACUCGGUGUAAAGGACAAAACCAUCUUCAAGAUGAUGUACACUGCUUCUGACAAUGUGUGUGCCCAGCCGACACCUGGCGUAAUCACCAGUCCCAACUACCCCUUGUCGUAUCCCAUCAACGGGUACUGCCAGAAGAACAUCACUGUACCCACCGGCGAGCUGCUGCAUCUCAGUUUUGAUACUGUCACUCUUCUCCAGUCGCACUCUUUGAAGAUCUUUUCCAAUGGUUCCGGGUCUAAACCGUAUCUGACGCUAAACGGCAGUCAGUUGCACGAUGACAUCAUCCUAAACACGCGUUCAAUUAACGUGCAGUUUGCCGCCCCAGUUUUCAAGUCGGGUAUUAAGGUCGGAAAAGGGUUCAACCUGACCUACGAAAUCACAGAUUGUGGCUCCAUCAUUGACUUGAAGGACGGAACCAAGGGCGACAACCUUCAGACCCCGAGGUAUCCCCAGGUGAUGAAAAAUAAGACAACAUGUGUUUGGCUGAUCAAGACCAAGAGCCUUGGGAAGGCUAAAGGAUCCGUCAACGUCAUCUCAUAUACGUACAGCUUUGCGGGCUUGAAUAACAACUCUGACAAUUACGUUUACCUGUAUGACGGUGGGAGUUCCCUGUCUGAAGUUCGUCCAAUCAACAUGAGUAACCCACAGGGCAAGACGUCGAUGAUUUCGGCCUCCAAUAAGAUGAUUGUGCGAUAUGUCUUCAAUCCAAAUAGCGAGAAACACAGAGGAUUUGCUUUCAAGAUGGCGGUACAGGUCCAUGAAUGUACCAAGGAAAACCAGUGUGCUAAUGGCAAGUGUCUUCUCCCCGCUUGGCGCUGCGACGGUAUCGAUCAGUGUGGUGAUAUGAGCGAUGAGAAGGACUGUACCAAGAUUACUGACAAGUAUGUCGGAGUUCCAACAUGGGGAUUCGCCUUGGCCAUUAUUGCAGCCCUUGCUGUUGGAGCAUUGAUUGCUGUAGUUGGACCUUGCAUCUACAAACGAGCCCGGCAUCCAAAUUAUCGUGAACUCCGUGAUUUGAUGGCUCCCGUUCCAACGUAAAAAAAGACAGCGAUUGAUGAGGCUCUGUGAUGUAGUGUAGAUGUGACCCGCUCUAGCAAAACCAGUCGCAUGUUGCACAUAAGAUGAGCCUAGAUGACACCAGGAGAUAAUAGAAGAAAUUAAUGUCGUCAGAUUUCACAAAAGGGAGACAAUAGUGAAAUGAACAGUCUGUCUCAACCUGCCGAGCUCAGAGCGACAUGCGGCUGGUUUUGCUGGAACGGGUCACAGAUCCGAAAUCGAAACCAAAAAAAUUUGAACUUUUCUGAAAUUGAAAAAAAAUAAGUACAUUGGAUGAUGUAAGAACUGCUUGAUGCAUUGAAAUCAACUGAAUUGAUUUUAUAAAUAGAAUGUCUGUUCAGGUUGACAGACCUGCUCAAAGCAGAUCUGCAGGUGUAGGAAGAUGAUUACUUAACUGCUAACAACACAAAACAAGUACUCAUCCCACCAGUGCUAUUCAAUGAAUUUCAAUUCAAGGUUUGUUAUGGUGUGGCAGAUUUCUGGUUCUAGGUCCGGGGGGGGGGGGGGGGGGAUUUGACUAAUAACAUUCCAAUGUAUGAUACAUCAUUAUUAAGACUUGUUUGUGCUGACGAAAAGUUGGAACUGUUGGGUGUUUUUCAAAACUAUUUGCUAUCGGGUCUAAUUCAAGGCUCCAAGCAAUAGCAGUCUUCAAAAGAGGGUGAAUUUCUAAGGUUGGGUGGGUGGGUGUGUCCUGGCUUAAACUUGGCCACUGCAUAAGCUUCUCAUUCUGAAUAAUCUCAUUUUACGUUUGGAAGUUUAGAUCAUUGUUUGUGUGUUCAAUUUGUUGUUUAUGCUUUGCUUAACCUCUACACCCCCACUUUCUGAAGUGGACUGGUCUAAUGCAUUAACUGGAAGAGUCUGCGCGGGGAAAUGGGGGUGUGAAGGUUGUUUGGAUGAGAAUUGUCCUUGGAACGUGUAUUGAGUUUUGGAAUGUUUUGUCCCUGGGCAAGGGAUGAAUCGGAAUGAACAGCUAAUAUUGUUCAACAAGUUUUUCAGUAGGUUUAUGCUUUGAACUAUGCUUUUAACUAUUAAUUAUAUAUAAAAGUGUUGAUUUAAUUGCUGCUGCCUGUUUGACUUUAUUUCAUCAUUCAAGAAUUAUUUAGUUUUACAAGUUCAUAUAAUAUAUUAGAAGAGUAUGAUCUGUGUGGUAAAAGUAAAUUUGAUUGGAGAUGUUUCAUCAGAUUUCCUGAGGAAGGUUUUAUCAUUCUAUAUUGCUAUCGGUGUUUUGUAGCAGCAGUUGUUAUUCAUUCCAAUGAGACACUUGUAAACUUCGGUUGAAACUUUUCAUUUUCAUGUGCCAUAAAGUUUUGGUGCAAUAGUGCACUGCAAAGUGCAAUAACAUUGUAAAAGACAUGUGUUCACCUUUUCCGUGAAACUGAAAGGGCAGGAAAUUCUAAAACACUUCGGUGAUUUAUCAUUUGAAUAUAUCAAACCAAAAAUAUCUAUCAAAUCAUUUAAGGAAAGAACCCAUUGAAUUUUUUUAAUUGAUCAGGUAUCAAUUGGGUGUAGUUUGAAGCUGACAUGUAAAUCAUGAAUCUCAUAUCAGUAAAAUAAAAUGUCACUACCGGUAUUUUUUUACCUGAGCAAUAUUAGCAUUAUGCAUGUUAUGUGCUGAUUUGUAUUGGUUUAAUUAUUUCUAGGAAGUAGUUCACAUUGUGCCUUUCCUCUUUCAUUCUACAGGGACGAGAUAUUUUCAGAUUUUUGGAGGAUUUCUGUUUUUUGCCUCAUAAUUUGACAGCAUAUUGGCCAUUCCAUAACUUAGCUCUCUGUGGAACUUUGUCCUUGGAAUUUUUAAAAUGGGACAAAUAAUAAUAAUCUUUAGAAGCGAUAUUUUGCCUGUUUGGGCAGAUUCUAGGACGGGCACAUGGUAGAUACGACAGUAGGUGAGCUCACAGCCAAUGUUACACCCAGUGUUGGGUGUCAGUGUUAGGGGUUACACCUAAUCCGACCCCUCUAAUCCUGGGGUCAGUUUGGUGUCAGGUGUUGGGUGUUCCGUGUUAGGUGUCAGACAUGGUGUUGGUGUUGAGGUGCUGAGUGUCUCACCAACUAGAUUUGUCAACUAUCGACUGGCAGGGUAACACUUACUGCUGCCGAUCGUUCAUGUCUUGGACCUCUUUCUUGUUGCAUAUUCGCCACAAAUUGAACAUUUGAGAUGAAAAACAUCUUGAGUGUGUGAAUGACAACAUAGGCAAAGAUGGCCACCACUGAUCUGAAGUUGUGACCUCUGGCUCUCACUUGUCCCUAAGAGGUUUAAUGUAAAAUGUACAGGCAAUUCCUGAUCUUCAACACCAAGCUGGGUUUACGGUGUGACACCUGGUGUGAUCCUAAAGUCCAACACGGGCUGUGACCUAGGAUUACACCAAGAUCAAGUGUUAUCUAGAGGAUCACACUUGAUCCUGUCGAUAGGUCACAACUGGUGUGAUCUUGGGUGUUAGGUGUUAGGAUCAGGCGUUGGUGUGAUCCUAACACUGGCUGUGACCUCACCUAGUGUUGUUUCCAAGAAAUUCAUGGAAAUUCUCUGUCAUAGAAUCUAUGAUGAUUCCCCGUCAUAGAUUCUGUGAAUACAAUCUGUGUAGAAUAGUCUUUAUUUUAAUCUUGUACAUGUAUGUAACAAAUUGUAAUUGAUUCAUCAAAUCAAAGUUUCUGCUUCCUGUAUGAAAUACACAUUCAAUUCAUUGUACCAUAGCAGAUACUCUGGACUCACCAAUCAAAGGCUGGUUUUGCAAUUUUAGAUAUUAUGCAUAUGGUCGUCAAUACCAUUCAACAUGUUCAAUUUGGGGAGACAAUUUGUUGCUACACCAAUUAGUCUGAUGGUCAAGACGUCAUAUACUGGUUUUGCCUUUGUUUUUUCGGAAUUAAUCAAUGAAGCGGUCUUAGACCAGUGAAACUAGAGUAUGCAUGCCCUUAUUAUAAACACAUUGAUUCUCCUGGCAUAAAUUUAUGCAAAUCAUACUGAAAAAUGAAGGUUUACUAUACAUGUAGUUGUCAAGUUCAGAUGACUUGGUGGUGAAAUAUACUUUCAUUUAUUCUUCAAUUUAAAUUCAUUUGUAGCUCGUACAUUUUGAAUAUGCAUCCAUUAGCUUUAAUGUAUAUAAGAGUGCCUUGCACAAUAAACAUAUUAUCGAUCUUAA